AUGGGUUUACUAGACAAGGAUAUGGCUCGAAAGACGACUUAUCUAUACGGUUUAACGGGGGAUGCAGUCAGAGUUAAAGGGACUAUAAGGCUACCAGUGACGCUCGGAGAGGAUCCGGUCUCCGCUACCCAAGUGGCUGAGUUUAUGAUCGUAGAAGCCCCAGCCUACUAUAAUGCUUUAAUCGGGAGACCUAUUUUGAAGGACAUGAGAGUUGUAGCCUCCAUAUAUCAUCUGUCUAUGAAGUUCCCAACUCCCAGGGGGGUAGGUUGCAUCAAAGGUUGUCAAUAUGACUCUAGGGAUUGUUAUAACCGUACCAUAAAGACAGCCUCGAAGUUCAAAGCUGAUAUUGAUCCUGACGAAGAGAUGCUCGACUUCAAAGAAGAGAAUGCGGAGGAGACAAAGAGAUCCUUUAGACCACUCAGGUUCACCAAAGCCUCCACCAAUAUGAUCUAUACAGUACAGUUCCCCGAGGAAGAGAACUCACAACAAAUUAGAUGGGAAGAAGAAAAGCAGAAGAGGUUAGAAUGGAAGGAGGCGGAAACAACACUCCCCAGCCAGACCAUAUUGCAGAUCGAAGGACCUCCGCCUGUGCCAUCUGACACAGUCAUCGAAGGAUUAGUCGAAGAAGCCAGCGAAGAUGAAACAGAAGAACAGAAGCUGAUGCGGGCGAGAAAGGGAAAGAUGGUUAUUGAUGAUCCAGCAUUACACCCAUCAGAUUACCCAAGGCUUCCCCCGUUUGAAGGUGAAAGUUCGAAGUCUGCUGACACAGUUCACCCGAAGGUUGAUGAUGACGAUCUAAGAGAUGUCGAUCUUGACCCCAGACUACCAGAAACACUGCAGAAGGUAGGACCGGCCGAGGACACAGUUGGGAUCCUGGUUGAUGAGAAUGAUGCUACGAAGGUCUUAUUCAUUGGUAUUCGUCUUGACAAUCUAAUGAGGAAGAAGAUGAAAGGUAUCAGACAAAAGCGCAGACCCAUCAGCGGUGAACGAGCAGAAGCACUAAAAGCGGAGGUCGAUAGACUUCAGAAGGUUGGUUUGGUUAAAGAAGCUUAUUAUCCGGAAUGGCUGGCGAACCCAGUGCUGGUGAAGAAGGCCAAUGGAAAAUGGAGAGUAUGUAUCGAUUUCACAGAUCUGAAUAAGGCAUGUCCAAAAGACAGCUUUCCUCUUCCUAGGAUUGAUCAACUAGUUGACGCUAUUGCUGGCCACGCCCUAUUAAACUUCAUGGAUGCCUACUCCGGCUACAAUCAGAUCCCAAUGUAUGAGCCAGACCAGGAACACACCUCUUUCAUCACGGACCGUGGUCUCUACUGCUACGUUGGAAUGCCUUUCGGAAUUCUGAAUGCUGGUGCUACUUAUCAAAGACUGGUGAAUAUGAUGUUUAAAGACUUGAUAGGAAAGACGAUGGAGGUCUACGUUGAUGAUAUGCUUGUGAAGUCUAAGAAAGCCCCAGACCACAUCAAACACCUUUCCGAGAUGUUUUCGAUACUCAGGAAGUUUAACAUGAAACUCAACCCACAGAAGUGUGUCUUUGGCGUGGAGUCGGGAAAGUUUUUGGGAUUUAUGGUAAAUCACAGAGGUAUAGAGGCUAACCCAGCAAAGAUACAAGCCUUGCUCGACAUGAGAUCGCCCAGCACUGUGAAGGAGGUCCAAAGUCUUACAGGAAGGAUAGCCGCGCUCAACAGUGCUGUUCUUGUUAGAGAAGAGGGAAACUUGCAACUGCCUGUGUAUUAUGUGAGCAAAAGGCUGCUCGAUGCUGAGACUAGAUACACGAAUAUGGAAAGGCUGGUGUUCGCUUUACUCCUGGCAGCAAGGAAACUUAGACCAUACUUCCAGGCUCAUAGAAUCGAUGUACGAACAUCCUACCCGUUACGCCAAGUUCUGUACAAACCUGAGGCUUCAGGAAGGAUGUUGAAAUGGGCGGUUGAGUUGGGACAAUUCGAUAUUGAGUAUAAGCCUAGAAGUGCCAUCAAAGGCCAGGCGUUGGCCGACUUCAUAUUAGAGUUUCCAAACGACCCCGUGCUGGUGGAUGAGAUACCAAGUAGCGAGGUAGAAGUUAAGACCGGAGAAGAAGAGGAGGCUUCCUACCCAUGGUGGGUGAUGAAUGUUGAUGGGGCAGUUAAUCAGGAUGGCGCCGGUGCGGGCAUCUUACUUACCAGCCCCGAAGGAAGGAAGUUCAAAAACGCCAUACAUCUUGGCUUCCCUGCCACCAAUAACGAUGCUGAAUAUGAAGCCUUGAUUGCUGGAUUGAGAUUAGCAAAAGAGCUCGGCGUGCAAAGAAUCGCAAUCCACAGCGACUCGAUGUUGGUAGUCUACCAGGUCAAUGGGGGGUACCAGGUAAAGGCAUACAUAACAGAGCUUUACAUGAACCUAGUCCGAAGGCUGAUUGAAAGUUUCAAGACGGUUAGACUCGAAAAAAUCCCGAGAGAAAGUAACGCCGAAGCUGACUCCCUGGCCAAGGCCGCGUCUCAGAAAGAUCCUGGAGUUUUAGGAAUGAUCCCUCUUGAGUUACUUGAUCACCCUAGCGUGCCCGAGGCUGAGGUACAUCAGAUCGAAACCGAAGAGGCUGUUGACACAUGGAUGACCCCGAUCUGGUCUUAUAUUAAGAAUGGAACUCUUCCAGAAGACAAGACGGAGGCAAGAAAGCUACGCUAUAAGGCGGCCAGUUAUGUUGAUUAUAAGGGGUCGCUCUACAAGCGAGGCUUCAACCAGCCUCUACUGAAGUGCAUCGGAGGCGAUGAAUGUAACUACAUCCUGAGAGAAGUACAUGAGGGAAUAUGCGGUAACCACUCGGGGGGUAGCUCGUUGGCCCAAAAGAUACUUCGGCAAGGGUACUACUGGCCUACGCUAAAGGAGGACGCACUGAAAUUUGCUAAGGCCUGCGAUAAGUGUCAGAGGAUCGCCAACUACGUCAACAGUCCUGCAGCUCCGCUUACAUCGUUGAUGAGCCCAUGGCCCUUUGCUAUGUGGGGAAUAUACCUGAUUGGCGAGCUACCAAAAGGCAAAGAAGGUGUCAAGUAUGCAGUGGUGGCGGUUGAUUAUUUCACAAAGUGGACAGAAGCAGAGCCAUUAGCAACUAUCACAGCAAAGAAGUUGGUCGAAUUUGUGUAUAGGGCUAUAGUGUGCCGCUUCGGCAUUCCAUAUAAAUUGAUCUCCGACAACGGAAAACAGUUCGACUGCAAAGAGAUGAGGGAGUUAUGUGACAACCUAGGAAUCAAGAAAGGUUUCUCGGCUGUCAGCCACCCACAGUCGAAUGGUCAGACAGAAGCAGUUAACAUGAUCAUAAAGCAUACUCUGAAGGCGAAGCUCGAAGACAAGAAAGGCAAUUGGCCUGAAGAACUGCCCAAUGUGCUUUGGUCCUACAACAUGACUCCUAGAACAACUACCGAAGAGUCACCUUUCAACCUUACCUAUGGAUGUGAAGCUAUGAUAACUGUAGAGCUAGGAGCCGGAUCAUUCAGAAGAGAUAAUUUCAACCCAGAAGUGAACGAGGUCAACCACCGUCUACACCUGGAUAUGCUCGAAGAAACCAAAUCAGGAGCCCAGCUAAGGAUUGCAUCAUACCAGCAAAGAGUGGCGAGGCAUUAUAACACCAAAGUCAAGGCUAGGCCAUUCCAGGUAGGCGAUCUAGUUCUACGAAGAGUCAUGCCAAACACCAAGGUAGCGAGCCAUGGAGUCUUCGGAGCUAAUUGGGAAGGACCGUACAAGGUGAGAGUGGUGCUGUUUUCUAGAACAUAUUAUCUGGCAGACCUAGAAGGGAGAGAUAUCCCCCGAGCAUGGAAUGCCGAGCACCUCAAGAAGUAUUAUCAGUAA